AUGGAAAUAUUUCUUAAACUACCCGAAGAAUUAUGGAUCUUAAUUAUCAAGUAUAUUAAUGAUGAAUCAAAGAUUGAGGAGUUAUGUUUGAUCCCAGCUUUACAAAAAUAUGCUAUACAAGCAAGGUAUUCCGAAUUUGUAAUUGAUGGCCCAAUAGCUCGUUCAAGCCCAAUAUGUCGUUCAGAUGGAUCAAUAAAAAACUUAUUAAAACUAUAUGAAGUAUACAAUUUCAAACCUUCAAGAAUUAUUCUUGAAGCAACUAAAUUAAGUGAAUUGCUCAAAGUACGUAUUGCUGAGUCACAAGAUACAAGGAACUUUGAAGUUGAAACUGUGAGUCUUUACGGUCACGCAGAAUUUGAAAUCAAGAUAACAGAAGGAAUGUAUGUUGAUUUAAAACUGAUAUUUAAAAAAGUCAAUGUUAUCGGGGUUUAUAUAUCAGGAUCUUAUCCAAUUAACCUCUUAGAUAAUGAAGUAAUGGAACUUCAGACUUAUUUGGAAGCCAUUCAAACUAGCAAGAUAGAGUUCAUGAAUUUGAUUUAUAGUAAGGGUUUUGCAGUUAAAUUUCCUACAUCUUUAAAGAAAUUGAAGUUACAUAUGAUCCCAGACAAAAUUGAGAUCAAUUUGAGCGAAUUACAAAGUCUUGAAUAUUUUGAAUGCUGCAACUUAAAAGGAGUGAAAUCAAUAGAUGCUCUUCAUUUGUCUAAAACAAUACGGUCCAUCAAACUUGCGGGGUGUCAAUUUGAAACCUUGGGAAACUUAAAAAACUAUGAUAACUUAAGGUCUUUUGGUAUUGAGGCUCGUAUUAAUUUAUUUGAAAUGUUCAAGCUCACCUUCCCAGAUUCAUUGGAAAGGUUGAUAUUAGGUUCUUAUUUUACUCAUUACGAUGUUAUUGCUUUAUCUAAUGAUGUGAUAGGAGGAACAAACAAUCAUUUUGAAAUUUCAGACUUCUCAGAUGACAUGAAAUACUUACAAAUUGGGUCCAAGUUCAAACUUCCUCCAAACCUAAAAGUGUUAGGGAUUUAUGGUAUUCCAAAAAGUUUAGAGUUUAAAUAUAUUCCAAGCUUAGGGGCACUCAAUAGCUUGGAACUUUGUGGUAUUAAAAUUAGAUUAAACGAAGUUUUUAUUUCUUUACCAAGGAUUAUGAUGAAACUUGAAAUUAAUCGUUGUGAAGUUAAUGAUGUUGAGAGGGACUUAAAAUAUCCUAAAGUAAGACAAUUCAAUUUUUUAUACAAUCAAGUAUCCAAUAUUUUUCAAAUAGAUUUGAAAGAAAUGGUAGAUCUAGAUCGAUUGGAGAUCUGUGAAAACACAUUGGUUGUUCCGGGCUCUGAAGAAAUAAAACUUGAUCCUUUUCAAUUCCUCAUUGGUGAAUAUGAUUUGCUUGAUGAAACUAACGAAUCUUUGAAUAAGAAAAGAAAAGUAAGUAAAACAUUUAAAACAUUGCAAAUUGAUCUAUCUGGUAUCACAUAUAUGAGUUUAAGUAGAUCUGAAUUCAAUAACUCAGAAGGCACAGUCAUCAAUACUUCAAACGGCAUUAUCCAACUUCCUUCACAAAUUUGUAUUAAAGGCUGUACAAUCUUGAAAACUUUGCACUUGUUUGACUUGGGGAUUAAAAUAUUGGAUUUACACAGAUUUCCUCCUUCCUUGAGUGAUUUACGAAUGACAAAUUUAGAGCUAUUUCAAAUAAAAGGUGAGUUCAGCUUGUUAAGUCAGUUAACAAAGUUAUGGUUGGUUAAGAUUGGAAUCACUUAUUCAAUGUUGGUCUUGCAAAGGUUUCCAUCAACGUUGAAAGAUUUGGAUUUAUCUAAGAAUAAGAUUGAAGAUUUGACUUGCUUAAAAAUAGAUAAUUGUGACAAAUUGCAUCAUUUGGUUUUGAAAGAAGUUACUGGACUGAUAAACCCAAAGGGUGCAGAUGAAUUGAAGAAAAUGUUGGUUGCAUUAGCUCGUGAUGCCUCUCAAUCUUUUGGAGAAGUAACAACGUAUGAUUCAGAAGUUGUGUUUCGGGUCAUUAAUGGGAAUGAUAAGGAUUAA